AGUCUUUUGCUGCCUAAAGUUGUUUUCACCUCAGCAAUGGGCAUAUGUUCUACCUCAAAAUGAAGGAGAAAAUUUCAUAUAUGGCAUGCUUGCUUUUCCUUUGUUGGAGCUUGGACAAAUGAAAGAAGCCGAGGAAGCUGCCAAAAGAGGAUUUGAAAUCAACAACCAAGAUGGCUGGUCACAGCAUGCUACAUGUCAUGUUCUUCAGUAUGAGUGCCGUUUUAGAGAAGCCGUUGAGUUCAUGGAAGAAUGUUCGCCGUCAUGGAACUCUUUUUUAUCGUUUAUGUUGACUCAUAAUUGGUGGCAUGUAGCACUUUGUUACUUAGAAGGGAAUGCUCCAAUGCAACGUGUGCUCGAGGUAUAUGACAAUUAUAUAUGGAAGGAGCUAGACAAAACCGAUGCUACGGUUCCUGAGGUAUACUUAAAUGCUGUGGCUCUGCUUCUGCGGUUGUGCGUGCGUGAUGAAUUGGAGUUUUUUGGUGAUCGGCUCAAGAUGCUAGCAGAUCGCCUUGCUGAUCAAGUAAGUUAUGAUUCACAGUAAAUGAUAUAAUAUAAACAA